AUGGCAUUAAGUAAUAAUAUUAUCGGUGCAAUUAAUUUUGUUGCUAUGCUUCUUUCAAUUCCAAUAAUUGGUGCUGGAAUCUGGCUUGCAACAGAACCUGAUAAUUCUUGUGUGAAGAUUCUACAAUGGCCAGUAAUCAUUCUAGGCGUUCUUAUUUUACUGGUGGCCCUUGCUGGAUUCAUUGGUGGGUUUUGGAGGAUUCCAUGGCUGCUUAUUUCCUACCUCAUUGCAAUGCUUGUUCUGAUAAUAUUGCUUGCAUGUUUGGUUGUUUUGGUCUAUAUGGUGACAAUUAGAGGUUCAGGCCAUCCAGCGCCGAGCCGGGCUUAUUUAGAGUAUCGUCUAGACGACUUCUCGGGGUGGCUCCGUCGAAGAGUUAGAAGUUCUUACAAGUGGGAUAGAAUUAGAAGUUGCCUUAGCUCUUCCAGCAUGUGUGGUGAAUUGAAUCAGAGUUAUCGUAUGGCUCAAGAUUUUUUUAAUGCCCAUAUCACUCCUUUGCAGUCUGGAUGCUGUAAACCACCAACAGAAUGUGGCUACACAUUUGUGAAUCCAACAUAUUGGAUUAGUCCAAUAAACACAGCAGCUGACAUGGACUGCUUGCAAUGGAGCAAUGAGCAAACACAACUAUGCUAUUCCUGUGAUUCAUGCAAAGCAGGAUUGCUGGCUAAUCUCAGGACAGAAUGGAGAAGGGCAAACAUUAUAUUGAUCAUAACCCUAGUUGCUUUAAUAUGUGUGUAUUUAAUUGGAUGCUGUGCUUUCAGGAAUGCCAAAACUGAAGAUCUAUUCAGAAAAUACAAGCAGGGCUAUACGUAA